AUGAGCGAAGACGCCUACACCGUAGCCCAAGGAGCUUGGCUUGGAUUCUGCUUGAUUCUCACUUUCCUUUCAUUUAUCGAGUAUUUCCUUGUGAUUGGAUGUGGAGGAAGACGGUCUAUCCGCUACAAAACCCUCGGAACGCAAGAAGAACACCCAAUGGGAGCAGCCAAAGAAACCGUGGAAGUCGCUUAUAACGAGGGAUGCGCCUCGUUCAGAAACAACAGCGGAAUCGACGUCAUUGCGAGAAUUCUGUUUCCAGCUGUCACUGUUGUGUUCUUGGUCAUUUAUUUCAUUUUUAUCGUUUGA